CCCGUGCCCCGCCAUGGAGGACCUGGAUGCCCUGCUGUCUGACCUGGAGACCACCACCUCACACAUGCCAAGGUCAGGGGCUCCAAAAGAGAGGUCUCCGGAGCCUUUCACAUCUCCCCUGCCCUAUGGCCACCAGUCACAGACAGGAUCUGGGGAGUCUUCAGGAGCUUCUGGGGACAAGGACCAUCUGUACAGUACGGUGUGCAAGCCUCGGUCCCCAAAACCUGCAACUCCUGCGGCCCCUCCAUUCUCCUCAUCCAGUGGUGUCUUGGGCACAGGCCUCUGUGAACUAGACCGAUUGCUUCAGGAACUUAAUGCUACCCAGUUCAACAUCACAGAUGAAAUAAUGUCUCAGUUCCCAUCUAGCAAGGAGACUGCAGGGGAACAGAAGGAGGACCAAUCUGAGGACAAGAAAAGGCCCAGCCUCCCUCCCAGCCCAUCCCCUGUUCUCCCAAAGCCUUCAGCAACCUCGGCCACCCUGGAAUUGGAUAGGCUGAUGGCUUCACUGUCUGACUUCCGUGUCCAGAACCACCUUCCAACCUCUGGGUCAACUCAGCCACCAGUGCCAAGCUCUGUGAAUGAGGGCUCCCCAUCCUCACCAGGGCCAACUAGCAAGGGCAGCCUAGACACCAUGUUGGGACUGCUGCAGUCUGAUCUCAGCCGCCGUGGUGUUCCCACCCAGACCAAGGGUCUCUGUGGCUCCUGCAAUAAACCUAUUGCUGGGCAGGUAAGUAGACUGCUGGGUCAGUAUUUUGCACCCUGAGCACUUCUAUUUUAAGUGUGUGGCUGUUCCAUGUCCCUGGGAGGCAGCAGCUUCUUCGAGAAGGAUGGGAGCCCCUUCUGCCCUGAGGCAUUUCUGAUGCUUUCCCCAGAAGUAGGCCUCUGCAAUCAACCCAUCCGACAUCUGCCAGGGGCUGUCAAGGCCCCAUUCUGGGAUAAUCAUGAUAUCCGCGCCAGCUUCCCAGCACUGACUGUUCUGGCCUGCAGGGAAUGCUUCGUGCCCUUCUCGGGAGGCAGCUUUUUUGAGCACGAGGGACGCCCUCUGUGUGAGAACCACUUCCACGCUGCCGGGCGUAAUUAGGCAAGCACGGGUGGCCUCCCGGUGACCGGCCGCUGUGUGUCAGCCCUGGGCCGCCGCUUCCACCCAGACCACUUCACCUGCACCUUCUGCCUGCGCCCUCUCACCAAGGGCUCCUUUCAAGAGCGUGCAGGCAAGCCCUACUGCCAGCCCUGCUUCAUCAAGCUCUUCGGCUAAUGGCUUGUGGGGCUCUCCACCCACCCCUGAUGCCCCCAGCCAGGAGACCAAGGCCCCAGAGACCCCCACUCUUCCCCAAAAGACGUGCUCUCCUGACCCAAAGGCCUUGCUCUUUGAGCUUGGGGCUCUCCCCACCCCAUCCUGUGAGGCCCCACCCGCUAGAGAGACCCCCCACCCCCAAGGUGCUGUACUCUUAAGUUCUCUGUGGUCAGAGAAGAUCUGGCCAGUUUCAAAGCCACACUGCCCCAAAGUGGGUCUCACAAGUAGAGCCACCCUGCGUGAACUCUUCACUUUAUCCCCAACCUUGAGGGAGCCCCCUUAUGGGGCAAUUCCUAAUAAUCAGAGGAUAGGACAAGACAUCCCUGCUCCCUGCUCCCUCA